GGAGAAAAAAAUAUAGGAGGUGGUGGGGAGGGGUGCAACCUACUGAAGUCAUGGGUGUUUUUUUCUCACAAAGAGCUGCAGUGCAGGGGCAGGUCUGAGAGGCUGUCCCCAGCCAUCCAGCACUUACACACUGAGGGAGAAGGGGGACAGCAGCUGCUGGUGCUCACUCUGGUUACAUCCCAAGGUGUCGCUGGGUUUCCCCCUCCUGAAGGGUGCCCAGAGACACAUCCCAAAGGCUGGCAGCCUGGCUGGGGCAGGAGGUGGCUCAGCAGACCCCAGCCACGCUCCCCGGCCCCAGGCAGCUUUUUAAUGCCGAGGACUCGGGACUGCUCUGACAGAAACACAAGCCGUGAACUCGAUCUUGCGAUGCCAGAAAAAAGAAACGCUUUCCCCCCUACACCCCGUGCCCCUCCUGGGCGGCGAGGCCGGGCCGGGCCGGCAGGCUGCGGGCGCGGCUCCCGCCGUGGGCGGCUGGGCUCCGGGCGGGGGUUCCGAUGGAGGCCGAGGCGCUGGGGUCUCACUGUUUUACGUUAAACAUGGGGAGAUUUGGGGUGUUUUGUUUUAUGGAGACACCCGACGGUGGGCUGCGUCCCUCGGCAGCGCCUGCCGUGAAACACGGGCAGAUCGGUGAGGCUUCGCCGCCACCCUCCUGCAGGGGACGCCCUACAAAAUGGCGGCGCUGGCUGAGAGCGCGGUGGGGUCUUUUGUUGAGGUGUGGAGGGCUUCACCUCAGGGCCAGCACAGUGCCCCUGUUUUUUGUCAUGUUCGUACAUUUUCACUUGAGGCUCCCUGGGUUUUCUUUUCUGGUAAGUCGUAAACUCUGAUACCCAUGGAUGCUGCAGAGUUUCGCAAGAGAGGGAAGGAGAUGGUGGACUAUGUUGCAGAUUACCUGGAGAAGAUAGAUAAAAGACAGGUCUUCCCAGAUGUGGAACCAGGAUAUCUGAGGCCCCUCAUUCCGGACUGUGCACCCCAGGAUCCUGAGAGCUUUGAGGAUGUCUUUAAAGACAUUGAGAAGAUCAUUAUGCCAGGGGUGACUCACUGGCACAGUCCAUACUUCUUUGCCUAUUUCCCUGCAGCCAGCUCCUUCCCAGCUCUUCUUGCAGACAUAUUAUGUGGUGGAAUAGGAUGUGUGGGCUUCUCUUGGGCUGCAAGUCCAGCGUGCACAGAGCUGGAGACUGUCAUGCUGGAUUGGCUAGGGAAGAUGAUUAAUUUGCCUGAAGAGUUUUUAGCUGGGAAAGAUGGACAAGGUGGAGGAGUCAUUCAGGGAAGUGCAAGCGAGGCCACCCUGAUUUCACUGCUUGCUGCAAGAACAAAAACUAUUAGGCGGGUGCAGUCAGAAAACCCUGAGCUAACUGAGGCAGACAUCAUGGGCAGGCUAGUGGCCUAUGCUUCUGAUCAGGCUCAUUCAUCAGUGGAAAGGGCUGCAUUAAUCGGUGGUGUGAAGAUUAAAAAUGUUUCUUCAGAUGAUAAAUUUACUGUUUGUGGUUCAGCCCUAAAGAAAGUUUUGGAUGAAGAUAAAGCUUCUGGUCUUAUCCCGUUUUUUUUUUGUGCAACACUUGGAACCACACCUUGCUGCUCCUUUGACAGACUGUUAGAACUGGGUCCUAUUUGUAAUAAGGAAAAUAUCUGGAUGCAUAUUGAUGCAGCCUAUGCUGGGAGUGCAUUCAUCUGUCCUGAAUUCAGGCAUCUUUUAAACGGAGUAGAGUUUGCGGAUUCAUUUAACUUUAAUCCUCACAAGUGGCUCCUAGUGAAUUUUGACUGCUCUGCUAUGUGGGUGAAAAAAAGAUCAGAUUUAAUAGGUGCCUUUAAAUUAGAACCUCUUUACCUGCAGCAUCACCACCAGGAGUCUGGCCUUGUAACAGAUUACCGGCACUGGCAGAUCCCCCUGGGGAGGAGGUUCCGCUCCCUGAAGCUCUGGUUCGUGCUGAGGAUGUAUGGGGUCACGGGACUGCAGGAGCACAUCCGCAAGCACGUCAGGCUGUCACAUCAGUUUGAACAUUUAGUCCUUCAGGAUGAAAGAUUUGAGAUCUGUGCUGAGGUUGUCUUGGGACUAGUCUGUUUUCGGCUGAAGGGCUCAAAUGAACUAAAUAAGGCGCUUCUCAAAAGCAUAAACGAGGCCAAGAAGAUUCACCUGGUUCCGUGCUACCUGCGAGAGAAGUUUGUGCUACGUUUCGCUAUUUGUUCCCGCGUGGUGGAAUCCACCCACGUCAAGUUUGCCUGGCAGCACAUCUCACGGCUGGCGACUGACCUCCUGCAAACAUGGGAGCACGACGACCACCAGCAGUAAAGGUGGCAAAGUAGCAGUGGGGAGGAGGUGAUUAGCUGGCUUUCUCUGUGUUGCCAAGCUUUAUUUUAGGGGCAGGUGGGAAAGUCGAAUUAUGAGGGAAAAAAAUACAAAACCUGUUGUUUCGUAGCCCAGCUGCAGGAGCAAAACCCUUGCCAGCACGUUGUGUUGUAACCUUGGUGAUUCGUUCUCUGCACUGUAUUCUUAUGUACCGCAUUCUCGUCUUGCCUCUUUCCAGGCUGGAUGUGGCUGUGGGGGCUCAAGCUGUCAUUUCUUACCAUUUCUUAUCUGUUUGUUAUCAAGAGCGUUUAUUGAACCAGGCAACUCAAAGGGAAGCGUUAUUACUCCCUCUGUCGUCGUCAAUAAGCCCCUAGCACACCCACUCCAUUCUCUGUAGAUGAAACUGUGAGGUGUUAUAACCAAAUAAUUUAAUGUUUUUGUGACCUCAGAAAAAAAUCCAGGUUGUGAGAAACUCAGUAACUUGGUUAUACACUGUUUGCAUCCUAUCUAAACAGGCAAGUGCAAAGGUAAUGAUUCGUUAUUUUUGGUAUUCAAUAUUUUUGUAACUCCAGUUGGGACUUCAAGACUUCUUUCAUUACAUAGCCAAAUCAGGGGGAGUUGUACAUUAAAUUGAACGCCCUUAUGGCAGGUUCUCUACUCUCUCCUUAAAGGUUUGCUUUUAAGACAGCGAUUUCAUCAUAUCUCAGCAAAUAUUCUAUGCUGCUUAUUGGUUUUCACUUGAAUCAUUCAGAAUGAGGCCUCUUAAAAGCUCCGUCUUCAGGGUUUUGCCAAAAUCCAUGUGCUACCUGAUGUUCUGUAUUUUUAACCAAGUUAUUAUAAGCAGUAACUACAUAAAAUAAAUAAUCUGUAAACUAUGUUGUGUGAAAUGGAAUGGUGAUUUCUUUUUCUGGCUACCACUCUGCUUACUUCAUUGUGUAAUAAUGAAAUAAGCAACAAAAAAAUAUUUGACAAAACAUGCUGAAAAAUGCGAUUGCAAAAAAGUUACUCAGAUUAGUUAAAAAAAAAGAUAAAAAUACAACAAAAUAUAAAUUAUAAGAACUAAGC